AUGUUCAAGGUUGCCACAUCAGCAGUUGGUUCAAAGGUAGGCGGCUCUAUGCUGUCCAACUUUCUACCUAAAUCAGAGAUUAUGCUAAAGGCAGGCAAAUAUGGAGGGAUUGCCACAGGAGCUUUAUUACUUGGAUUAGGUAUACUCAUUAUAUUCUUUAGUCAUUGGAUCGUUGGUCCUAUAUGCAUAGCACUAGGAGCAUUCAUGUUGUUGCUGGAGAUUGGUCUGCCACUGUUGGCAAGACUGCCAAUAUUGGUGGUGGUGUUUGAUUACAAGAUCAGAGGACUUAUGUACAUAGCCUUUUGUGUUCCUCCAUUCUUUACAGUAUUCACUAUUGCACCGGCGUUUGGUUGCAUAUUCACUGGCGGCUGCUAUGCUCUGUUGGGCUGGGUCAAGAACGAGUCUGCUCAAUUCCCUCAGAACGUGCCGCAGCGCGAUGCCGAAGAGGCUCGCAACACCAAGAAGAGUCCGCUGUCCGGGCUUGGCGAGGCUCCAGGACAGUCGAAAUAA